AAAUUCCUGGAUAUUAUCAAACAUAUCGUACUUUUGACAGAAAUCUAUUAUUUACAUAAUGGUGAUUUCUUUUUCAAUGCUUCUCAGUAGGCCUAUAUAGCAUUAUAAAGCGUAAAAUCUUCAUGGUCAGAAGAUUUAGCACUUUACGUUCUAUUAAAUUUACAGAAUAAAUAUCAAAGGACUAUAUUCAAUUAUAACUUCCAAAUUGUUCUUUGAAUGAGGAAGUUACAUCAAACCUCUCAAUUUUCCAUCGUUAUUCAGUGCUUAAUAUCGUUUAUUUUUAGAAUCAUUAAAUGUCGUAUAAUUACAUCCAGUAUAUAGUACGUGAUGGCCGUUGUUUGUCUGUAGUACUUUCACUUUCAUAUAUUCAAUACAAAGUCACAUCAAUCAUCAGUCCACAUUAUUCCUUUAUGCUAUAUGAAGUAUGUUCUGAAACUAUUGCAGUCUCAUUACAAUAUUAAAUGUCAUGAAAAUCAUACAUCAAUAUCAAAGUUUGAUUUAUUAACCAUGCAGAAAUCAAAUGAAUGAUUUAAAAAUAGAAAGGUAUAAAACUGUAAUUAAAACACAAAACAAAAUCAAAACACAAAACAAACGGACAUGACUAUAAAAUGUGAGGCUAUUAUAUUCCAACUGAAAAUGAUAUUAAGUAUUUAAGAGUUAUACACGUAUAUAUAUAUAUAUAGCUCACAAUAAUAUUAAUCAAAAUUAGGCCUGUAUUAAUUAUAAUCAUCGUUUCCGUUGUAUUGUAUUCUGAUUCUAGAUUCUUUGUUUUCGAUUCCAACAAUUUCCGCAUUUCAUUCCUGAGUUUUUACGUCGGCAAGAAUAGAAGCAAAAUCAUUUUCACAUUAACUCUCUUUCAUGGUGCUGUAUUUUGUCAUCAAUACUGUCUUGUUGUUCUGGUAUACAUAAUUAUCUUUUCAUAGACCAGAUCCACAUGACUUUGCCAAACUGAUAAUUGUGGAUUAGGAGAUCUGUACUGCAAUCAUGGAUCACGACAGUGCGCCAUUGUUAGCUAACUGCACCGACGUCAGCGUCCCCUUCGAAGAGAGGCCACCCUCCAAUGAGCCCAUCAUCAACGGCAUCAACAUCCAAACACCACCUUCCGAAGAUGCCCCCGCCACCAGAGAUCCCGCGGAGUACUACGAGUUCAGCUUACGUGGUCGAUGUUCAUUUCGAUUACGGCUGGUGUUCUUCAACGUCUUCCUCACGAUCAUGACCGUGUUGAGCAGCUUGAUGAUGGCGACGACCCUCCCGCUCUUUUCGGGGUCGAUGGUAACGGAGAGCUCGACAGACGAAUAUCCGGUGCUUUUCUUUACAGCACUCUGGUUCCCCUUCUUUUUCCUUUGUCUCGUGCUCAUCAACAAGCUCAUCGAUCCCGCAAUGAGCCUCAAAUCGACGACCAGUCAUCGCGUCAUGGCGCUUGUUGGCGGAAUGAAUUCACUCAAUGGUGUCCUGGUGGUGUAUGCCAGCGACCCUGACAGGACUAGCCCUCAGCUACAGGCCAUCCUUGGCACUUCUGUUAUCCCGUUUACUGUAAUCUGCAGAUACAUCAUUCUACGAAAAGGUGUAAGUCGAGCUCGUUUGGUGUGCACGGGCAUCGUCCUAAUCGGUCUCUUCAUCUCCCUCGAACCUGUCAUUUGGAGCAUCGACCUACCUGGUGGAGGUGGUGACAGUAGUGGUGGAAGACACUCCAAGGGGUUCGCUCAGGUCGUUUGGCCUUUCGUUUUCACCCUUGGGUUCCUCCCAUUGGGUAUCCUCAACACUCUGAUCGAGAGGGAACUCAAACGAGAUCAGACAGAAUCUUUAGUUUUUCAGGCUUGGGUUCAACUCUACAGCACCAUAAUAAUUUGCCUUCUCUUCUGGACAGAUUUCAUUCCUGGCUUUGGAGGGGCCAGCAAUCCAUCGGAAUUCUGGGAGAACCUCAAGUACGGCUUCAACUGCAUGUACGGCCAGGAUCCCGCGUGCUCCGAUGCCGUUCUCUAUGCUAUCCUCUUCAUCAUCGGCUACUGUCUCGCAAACCUCUUCAUCUUCCUCCUCGUCCGCUUCGCCGAAGGCGCGGUAUAUGCCGUCAUCGUUCAGGCUCUCGUUACUCCGCUCGGCGCCAUAUUCUGGACGCUCUUCAAGGCCGAUCCAUCAUUUCAUUGGGAACCCGUUUUCAACCUGGCCACGGCGUUCGUUCUCGUUGGUCUCGUCAUCAUGGUACCGGCUGUCGUAUUUUAUAAUUACUUCGGUAGCCAAGAGGCCAAAAAGGCGGCUGAGAAGCAGGCAGAGAAAGAUCAAUAUUAAUAAAAUAAAAGUUCAAAAAAUAUAUUAUCGUACUCAUUUUCAUAACAGUAUUUAUCAUGCUGUAUACUUUUUUUAUUCAGAAUUAUACAGUACUAUACUAUUAUAUAUUGAGUCAUAAUAUUUUGUGAACCUAUAGUCAGUACUGACACUAUUACACAACGUGCAAAUAUAGAACAUUAUAUCUAUACUAUAUUCGUUUAUGAUAAUGCUUCAUUCAGUCUUGCCUGAUACAUUAGUUUAUAAUCUUGUCAGAUCCACUUGAAAUUCAAAUUGGGUUUUAAUUCCGUUUUACCCUUUCGCAUAGAAUGAUAUCCUCAGAUUGUGAUGUUACUGAAUGGAUAUACUUAUCUGAGAUGUAAUAAAUGAUGUAGCCUUUCAUGUGCUUUAUUCGACUCUUUCAAGUUCAUUUUAAGGCAUUAUUAUUGAUCCCUAGAAGUACAUGUAUAGUUCUUAUUUGGUGAUAUUAUUUUGCACAAAACAAAGUUGCUAUAAAACACUUCGUUUGUCAUGAUUGUAUUUUGCUGUUAUGUCUUGAAACCAUGCGUGGUUUUAUAAAAAAAAA